AUGGGAAAGCGCGGCACGCCUCGCGCCUCUUGCGAUCCUUGUCGUCGCAAGAAGGUCAAGUGCGACAAGGAUCAGCGCAACGCAGAAGGCAUCUCGCUCUGCUCCUUCUGUUGCGCGCGAGGAUACGACUGCAUCAUCACCGACGACGCUCGCCCAAACGCAGACAACUCCGACACGGAGCCAGCCUCUGCCGGCGAUCCUUCCACCUCUGCUUCGGCAUCCACGUCGGCGUCUGCAGCAGCUCAGGCCUCCGCAGCUGCAGCUGCCGCUGCUCGCAGGAAGCGCAAAAAGUCCGACGCUCACGACGAGCGACCGGCGCAGGAUCGCUUCGCCGACCUCCGAUCCGAUUCUCGCCCCGCUCAGGAUUCACCUUUUGUCGCUGCUGCUGCGACAGAGCCAGAUAUGCUUCAAGUGCGCGGCUUGACCCGCCCCAUCCUAGACGAUGCCAUCGCCUCACACUUCCGCACAACCUACUGGUGCAAUCCAGCCCUCCAUCCGCAACACUUCUAUCCCAGAUACAGGCGCUACCUCAACCAGAUCGAUGGCGUCGCACCUUCGGCACCCGAUCUGGACAAAUUCCCUCCGUCCGAUAUCCUUAUCCUGGCGGUGGCAUGCGUCGGCGUGGUGCAGCUCGGCUACGCUCCCAACCGCUUCGAGCUCCAGGCUCGCAUCUUUCGACGCCUCGAAAAGCUCGUCUCACAGGCUUGUACAAAGGACGUCACCGUCGCGCUCGAUGUCCUCGAGGCAAUCCUGCUCACCUUUGACGUGCCGGCGCGCACAAGGGCGGUCGAAGAAGCAACGACGGCCAGUCUCGAUGCCGGCUUCGUCCAUCCCAUGAGCCACGCCAAGAUGAUUCGGCUGGUCACCUACCACGGCCUCAACCGCUCGCGCGACGAUCCGAUGGUCAAGGCGCAGCGGAACAAGCAGCGCAGCCCGGACCGCCAUGUGCUGUGCAACGUCAACGAAGAACGCAUGCCGCUCAUCUUGGCCGUCGCCUCGGUCAACGACAUCAUUCGUAGCUUCGACCUCUUCCACCGGCACCAGCUUCUCCAGGAGGACAUUGACCCGGACGCCAUGAUGGCCGACCUGGGAGGGCCGAUCGGCAACCAAUGGGCGUAUCAGCUCUCGCUCAUGGCGUCGGUGCUGCGCACCAACAACCUCACCAUCUGCGCUGCCAAGUCGCGCCGACUCGGCAUUCCGCCGUCGGCGAUCUUGGACGUGCUCGAGCAGCUCGAGCGCUUCGAGAGGCAGAUCCCCGAGGCGCUGCGAUGGAAGUCGUCCGCCAGCGCCGAGGCGGAGGCGCCAUCGCUGCGCGAGCUCAUCCCGCACGACAACGUGAGCGAGGAUAUCAUCUCGAUCCUGGUGCGCAAAGCUUUCCUCAAUCUGCUGCUGUGGAGCCAGUACCGUUGCAUACACGCCAUGGUGCAUGCACACGGCCUACAACGACCUACGCAGAGUGGCAACCACGAAAGCACGCUCUUUCUACGCGCGCGUCAACGACUCGACUCGUUGCUGCUGAGCGCCAUCGACCGCAUGUCGGAGCUGUGUCCGCAGCUGGCAGCCAUCUCGGUGCCGCCUUCGUUUGCAGCGGUCAACCUGCUGGACUACAGCUCGAUUGCGUUCCGCAGCUCGGCCAAGGGCGGCGCGUACUACACGCUCGAGAUGGCCAAGCUUACGUACAAGGCCGGGCUGCGCGAGCUCACGGCGGACCUGCUGUCCAAGGCGGGCAAGAAGAUCUAUGCCUUCAGCACGUACCAGUGCCAUCCGGACACGCAGGCCGAGGCGGCGAGGAUGCGCAAGAUGCUCUCGGGCCUGUACACCGAGUUUGAGAUGAUCCCCGGGCUCGGAUCGACGAACGAGGUGAAGCUCAAGCAGGAGCGCGAUCGGUUCUCGAGCGUGUUCGAGCCCGCCGCGGCUCCGACGGUGCCGAUGAAUGUGGCGGCGAUUGUGGCGGAUAUGCCCUGGAACGGGCCGGCGCCGACGGCGACAACGAGCACAGCGGCGUCGUGGGGUACGCCGGGCACGGACGAUCUGUCGACUUUCGGCAGCACCAUGACCGACUUUCUGGCUGGACUGCCGUAUGUGAAUGCGCACAUCGCGCCCAUGUCGAGCAGUCCUGGAUCGGUGCCGUUCGCGGCCAAGACACCCGCAUCGACGGCUCCAGCCCCGUCGCCGUUUGAUCUCAACGCCUUUCUCGACACACAGAUCGAGGCCAACAUGUCGAAUACCCGCAACACGCCGUCCAACUUUUGA